AUGCCUUCUAAUCCAGCCAAUUCAAAGUCUGCAACAACACCAAAUGGUACGACGCAAGUGAAUGCAAAUCCUAAACCUUUGACGUCUUCUACGCCAACAAAAGCAACAUCUCGACCAAGGAGGGCGACCUCAGCAUCAUCAUAUAUCUUCGCCCCAAGUUGGUUAGUGAACUUAAAUAACAAUAAUAAAUCAGGAUCAUCUUCAACGGUGUUGAGUCCCGCAUAUGCAUCAACAACUGAAUGUCCAUCAGCAAAAGAAGAAAGCAAAGGAUUAGGAACAUUAAAGAAAGAUGGGCUUGGUGGUAUUAAGCAAGUUAAGGAUGGUCAGGAGAAAGAUGGCAAUUCUUCUAUCACUAGCUUUUCUCGAGCAUCGGCUAUUGGUACUUCGCCAUCGGCACCUAUUCGACCAAAAGCGAGUUCACGUUCAACGGCCUCAGGAGAAAUGGAUGGAAUUGAGACGGUGAUGAAAGGGUUUCAUGGGCGAUCACGCUCGGCAUCUCAAACAGGAUCUACUAUUUCGUCUUCUCCAACAAGCUUUGAUCGUAAUUUUCCCACAUUGGCGAAAAAGAAACAAUUUCCUUUAUCAGUUGAUCUUUCGACGGGCAAUGUUGAUAAUAAUAUGUGGAAAAAUUCAGAUACAAAAUCAAAAUUGCUCUCACCGACUUCAUUACCUAUAGCCGAAGAUACGAUACAUAAUCAAAUCAUGGAUCAUGAACCUGAGUUGGAACGGAGAAUGUCAUUAGUGCCUAAGGUUGAAAGCGGGAAAUUAGAUGGAAAACGUGCCAUCAAAGGUUCCGUAAAACGCAAGACUAGUCGGUCAUUGUCAAUGGAUAGCGUUGCAAGAGGACCAACUAUUGGAAUUGGAACCGGUAAUAUUAGUAAUCGAACACUAGGCCAGACGCAACACCUUAGACUUAACUUGAAAGAAUCCGUAGCCGCUAAAAAUGUCAACGGUAUUCAUACGCAAGGGUCACACGUGACAACACCAAACGGAAUAAAAAAGACGUCACUUAUCGGUAAUGGACAAACGUUAACCGGCAGGAAAUUGAGCAUUGGUGGAAGUUCCAAGUUCGAUUGGAGUACAAUGGGAAAAAUUGGACAUUCCAAAAUGGUGUCAGAUGAUGAAGAAAGAAACUCAAAUGACCGCAAAGAAUAUUACUCACAAAACG